AUGCGGGAGGUGAAUUUCAGCAUUCCCAAUGUCAACAAGGCCUCCGUCAAUAUCACGACCACCCUCUAUGACCGGCGUGCUCUCGACUGUACAUCGACUCUACCCCUUAUCAACUCCCUCAACCAUCUCGCCUACCUGACAACCUCCUCUGCCCGCAUUCGUGAUAUCCUCACCGUCGAUGGUGGCAUCGAAAGACUCGUGUGCAUCCUCAAAGAGGGCCGGAGUGGGGAUCUCAUGGAGAUGUGGAAAUGGAGUCUCGCCUUCCAGUGUGUUGUCAAUAUCGGAGUGAGGGGCUCGGAGAGUGUGCGGACAAGGGUCGUGGAGGCAGAUAUGGUGCCCGUGAUCGCGACCAUCUUGGAUAAUUACAUCAAGGUGGUCGACAAGGCACGAGCGCGAGCCGACUCUGAGUCUCAUAAGCAAUCCUCCAGACAUCAUCCCAAAUCCGUGCCAGCACCGAGUGACUCUUCAGGACGUCCAGCUUUCCUGGAGCAGUCAUCGGCCUCAGAAAAUCGCACCUCUCGUCGCCAGGCUCCUCCCCCCAGCAUCGAGAUCCCCCCUCAACCUCUUUUCAUAGAUGUCACCUCUCCACCUCGUGUGCCCAUGACCUCUCCUCCCGAAAGAAGCACAUUUGGACAGGACGUCCACAACCAUAGAACAAAUGAUACCCGCUACGCGCAUCCUAGUCACCGUCACAGAACGAUGCAGCCGUUGGCUACUGCGCUACCUCCUAUGGACACCGCCGAUGGCUUUGGUCUGCGCCCUGUGCGUGACAACGAACGGUUGCCAAGCAUGCUCCCUGCUUUACACACCGGGUUGACUUCCCAGCCUGAUUCUCCCACUACUCCCAACGCCCCUGUACAGCCUCGCAGCAUUGCACAGGCUACACAUGCAAGACAUCGUCCCUCUCUCAGACAGCAGCUGUCGGCCUCUGGCGAAUCUGACGAUGGCAAUGGUGAAAGUUCCACGAUGGAAGACGAAUCUACCCCUGCGGAGACCGCUGAGCCCAUUGUUGGACUACAAAACAGGAUGGACAUCGAUGAUGUUGGCAACAGAGAGGCGAUUAUCGGUGGUGUCUCCGAAUCCCACGAUCUCACAGUAACAGAUCCAUCCGAAGGGCAGGAAGCUGAAACCUUCAACAUUACCCACCGUUCCACCGUGGACGGCAGUAUGAUCAAUACUGACAAUGCGCAAAAUAACGCGGCCCUCGGCUUGUCCCCAGCCCAGGCGGCCGAUACCGCUACCUCUCCUGCUCUUGUUCCCAGCCCUUACUCUCUAUACUUCCGCGACCGAUCCACUGCCGCGGCUCAAGGUGUCCUGACAACGAUGCCUCGCGACGAGGACGUUCUGAUGUCGCUGCAGCUGCUCGCCUAUGUCUCCAAGUACUGCAACCUGCGGUCCUACUUCCAAAACUCCCAUUUUGUGCCCAAGCUCAAGAUCGACCGUGAACUUCAAAUGUUGGAAGAAGGAACGUCACCUAUCGAACCUGCGGAGGAAGAAGAUGAGUAUCUGCUCCCCGACGACGUCAAUAUCUUCCCUCUGGUCGAGAAGUUCACCGUUCGGCAUCACUCCAAGGAUAUGCAAUACUGGGCCUGCGUGGUCAUGAGAAACCUUUGCCGCAAGGAUGAGGCGAGAGGUGGUAUCCGGCAGUGUGCGUACUACAAGUGCGGGAAAUGGGAGGAGACUGCGCGUCAGUUCGCCAAGUGCCGCCGCUGUCGUCGCACCAAGUACUGUAGCAAGGAUUGCCAGAAGGCAGCAUGGGUCUACCAUCGCCAUUGGUGCCACAGCACGCCAUAA